GACCACUACCACAUUUCCUAGGAACAAAAACAACAGAAAAAAUAUCUGUCUUCACCAAAUCUUACAGUCAAAGCUUCAUCCCCUCACAACAAUGGCGAUCUUCUCACCUCCAACUUACACCCCUCUUUCUUUUCUCGCAUUAUUCCUCUUUCUAACCCUAACCCUAACUUUCGCUGAAAUUCGAUUCUCCGAAAUCCGAUCCGACUCACGAUCCAUCAUCCCUUUUGACGAAUUCGGGUUCACUCACUCUGGAAUUCUCGACCUUAAUGUCACCAUUCUCUCUCUCCGCCUUCAAAAUGACCAAAUUACCCCUGCUACAAACCCUAACGACCUCUCUCUUGUCGGCUUCUUCCUCUGUACUCGCGAUUCCUGGUAUCAUGUUCUCGAACAACUCAGUCAAAACGACAUCGUUUGUGCCCUUCAAUCUGACCUAAUUAAACCCGUUUUUUCCUUCGAUCGUCUCAACAAUGGCGGACUAACUCACUUUAAUCUCUCUCUUCAAAUUUCCGACCCUAAUUUGUAUACCCUUGUUUUCGCUAAUUGCAUCCCUAAUCUUCAUAUUUCUAUGGAUUUGAUUUCUUCUAUGUAUAAUUUAGAGGGUCGAUCGUCUAUAAUUCGUGAUUAUCUUUCUGCUGGUAAGUCUAAUUUACCCUCAAUUUACUUCCAUUUUGCCCUAAUUUAUUUUACCCUAAUUUUGAUUUGGUUGUAUGUUCUUUAUUCUAGAAGAACAGUGAUUUAUCGAAUUCAUUUCUUUAUGCUUGCUGUUCUUAUGUUGAAAGCAUUGAAUUUAUUGUGUGAAGCUGAGGAUAAAUCUUAUAUUAAAAGAACUGGGAGUGCUCAUGGUUGGGAUGUUUUGUUCUACAUUUUUAGCUUUUUAAAGGGUAUUACUUUGUUUACUUUGAUUGUGUUGAUUGGAACUGGGUGGUCGUUUUUGAAACCCUAUUUGCAAGAUAAAGAGAAACAAGUGUUAAUGAUUGUGAUCCCGCUUCAAGUCGUUUCGAAUAUAGCUCAGGUUGUGAUUGAUGAAACUGGUCCUUAUGGGGAUGCAUAUGCUUGGAAGCAAUUGUUCUUGCUUGUUGAUGUUGUUUGUUGUUGUGCCGUGUUGUUCCCCAUUGUUUGGUCGAUUAAGAAUCUUAGGGAGGCUGCUAGGACCGAUGGGAAGGCCGCCGUUAACUUGAUGAAGUUGACAUUGUUUAGGCAUUACUAUGUUGUGGUGAUUUGUUAUAUCUAUUUUACGAGGGUGGUGGUUUACGGGUUGGAGACCAUCACGAAUUACCGGUAUCAGUGGACUAGUGUGGUCGCAGGGGAAUGUGGUACCCUUGCGUUUUAUGUCUUCACCGGGUUUAAUUUUAGACCAAAGUCGUGCAAUCCCUACUUUGCAAUUGAUGAUGAGGAAGAGGAAGCUGCUUCCGAAAUGUUGAAGAUGGAAGAAGAUGAGUUUGAGUUGUGAAAAGAGGAAUUCUUUUUGUCACCCUCCUUUCAGAUCGCGGUGGCGAUUUUUUGUGUUGUCACGAAGUUUUAAGGCGUGGUUGCAUCUUUGAAUCUGGAUGCUCAAUUUUGUGCAAAGUUCUUGCCCCCGACUGACCAACUACUAUGUUGGCACUGUAUCUGUGUUCACUUACUGUAUUUGCCACAAAUAUCUGUUUGUUUUGUAAACUAGGUAGUUUAUGUUAUUGUCACACUAUGAUAUUAUACAGCAAUGAGAGUCUUGAGUACAAAAUUAGUUCGAUUAUAUCUCCUUGCAUUCUAUAGUUCCGCGUUUUUUUGGCUGUGUAACAUCUUACUAUUGUGGAGAUUAGAAUGUCUUACAGAUAUUGACUCAUUGUUUAGGUUCUAUUGUA